GCUGGGAUUCCUCUCUUCCUGCUGGAAACUGCUCUGGGCCAGUAUACCUCUGUUGGUGGACUGGGAGUCUGGAGAUUAGCACCCAUGUUCAAAGGUGUGGGACUGGCAGCUCUGGUCCUGUCCUUCUGGCUGAACAUCUACUACAUUGUCAUCAUCGCCUGGGCUCUCUACUACCUCUUCAACUCCUUCACUGCGGACCUGCCGUGGCAGAACUGUGGGAACGCCUGGAACACCGAGCGCUGCUUCUCCAACUACUCCCUGAACGACACCACCAACCUCAGCAGCGCUGUCACCGAGUUCUGGGAGAGGAACAUGCACCAGAUGUCCGGAGGCCUGGGGGAGCCCGGCACCGUCCGCUGGCCCCUGGCUGGCACGCUGGCCCUGGCCUGGCUGCUGGUCUACUUCUCCAUCUGGAAGGGUGUGGAGUGGACAGGCAAGGUGGUGUAUUUCUCAGCCACCUACCCCUACUUCAUGCUCUUCAUCCUCCUGUUCCGGGGAGUCACGCUGCCAGGAGCCAAGGAGGGGAUCCUCUUCUACCUCACACCUGACUUCAGGAAGCUCUCUGACUCUGAGGUCUGGAUGGAUGCAGCCACUCAGAUCUUCUUCUCCUACGGCCUGGGGCUGGGCUCCCUCAUUGCUCUGGGCAGCUACAACACUUUCCACAACAAUGUCUACAGAGAUUCCAUCAUUGUCUGCUGUAUAAACUCCACCACAAGCAUAUUUGCGGGAUUUGUUAUUUUCUCUAUCAUUGGCUUCAUGUCACACAUCACAAAGAAGUCGGUGGCAGAGCUGGCCUCCUCAGGCCCUGGGCUGGCUUUCCUCGCCUACCCGCAGGUUGUCACACAGCUGCCGCUGUCCCCACUCUGGUCAAUCCUCUUCUUCUCCAUGCUGAUGAUGCUGGGUCUGGACAGCCAGUUCUGCACUGUGGAAGGGUUCAUUACAGCCCUGAUGGAUGAGUACCCCCGAGUCCUAAGAGCCAGGAAGAAGAUCUUCAUUGCAGUGGUCUGCUUCAUCUCUUACCUCAUUGGAUUCUCCAACAUCACCCAGGGUGGCAUUUAUGUCUUCAAGCUGUUUGAUUACUACUCAGCCAGUGGCAUGUGUCUCCUUUUUCUUGUCUUCUUUGAGACCAUCUCAAUUUCUUGGUGUUAUGGUGUGAACAGGUUUUACAGGAACAUUGAAGAAAUGAUUGGUUACAAGCCUUGCAUCUGGUGGAAGAUCUGCUGGGCUUUCUUCACACCCCUUGUCUGCCUGGGAGUGUUCUUCUUCAGUGUGGUGGAAAUGACCCCUCUGAGGCUGGGAAAAUACGUCUAUCCUGCCUGGGGACAAGGCAUCGGCUGGCUCAUGGCCCUGUCCUCCAUGGUUCUGAUUCCAGGGUACAUGCUCUACUCUUUCCUCACCUCAGCAGGGACCCUCCGGCAGGUAGGAACAGCUUCCCCACCCUGCUCCGUGCUCGGGGCAAGCUCCUCGCUGAGCUAAACCCGGCCCUGCUCCGACAGAGCUCUGACAGAGCUGUCAGAGUGCUCCAGGCUGCUGCUGCAGGGGCUCUGUGCAACCCAGGGAGGGUCAGAGCAGUCCCAGUGCCCUGAACAGCCUCCGGUGCCACGGCACAGCUGGGCAGGACACAUCUAACCUGGAGCUCUGCUGGGCUGUGGCUGCACCUGCAGCACCUUCAGGUGCUCUGCCCUCGUGUCUGCUGCUCCUCAUUGACAUCUGUGUGAGCAUCACCACAGAAAUGGAGCCCUCCUCCCCUCACUACCCCUUUGGUACUGGAGCCAUGGAAGAGUUUGGGAAGAAAUCCUUGAAAUCUCUCAGCCCAGAGAAAUCCCAGCUCCUGACAAUUCCUGGCUCUGAGCAUGUUUGUUGGCACUCCUCAGCAGGGAGAUCAGCAUCCUCCAGGCCUGAAUCAUGAAAUGUCUCAGGCUGGGCCCUGCUAGCAGCAGAAACAAGCACAGGGGUGGUUUGUCACUGCCUUUCAGAGAACAUUCCUGAGGGGUUAGGAGGCAAGAAAGACCCACAACACCCAUCACACUGGUCUUGUUUAAAACAUUUUCUUUAGUAAUUUGAGCAGGAUUUUAUGUGGCAGUGACUCAUGAGUCUCUGUGUCAUGCCCAGUACUUACUGUUAAGAUUUUAUUUAGAGUGUUGACAUUCAGUUGUGAGAGCACUGUGCCCCAGAUCCCUGGCUCAGUGCUUACAGCUGUAAGAAGUCACCCCAGGAGUGUUGAUUUAUGGCUUUCCCAGCCCAGCUGGAGCAGCAACCAAAUGCCAUCUAAAUCAAAUGAGUUUGUUUUAGGGAUGCUGUAUUUUUAGCAAAGUCAGACUCAAAAAAGUUGUGGCUGGAAUUACUGGGCUGAGGUCAGCUUCAGGUUCUCUGCCUGAGGGAAGUUGCAGGUGGAUUUGAGUUUUCUUCCUCCCAGCAUUCCUUUUGGAUGGGCUCUGAUGUGGGAACUGGGUGUGUUUGGGGACUUGGAUCUGCUUUCAGUUCUGGCUUUUCAUCUGAAGCUGGCUUUAGGUACUUUUCCUUCCUGCAGGACUCAGGCCAGGGUGUUAUGUCAAGCCACUUCAUUGAUUUUGGGUUGAAGACCAGUGCAAUUCCAACAGUAUUUGGAAUCUUUCUCAGAUAUUUACAGGGUUCCUUAUUCACUCUUAAUGUGAGCUGGAAAAGGGGGGAAGAGAAGCCUGAAAGUCCAGGUAUGGGUUCAAUGACUUUGCCCAGUGUCAGUCGUGUUUCUCUGGGGAUGGAGAAUUGCAGCAUCUGGGGGAGCCCAGACUGGGCUGUGCCCUCUCAGGAGCAGCAGGACUCCUCCUGACCAAAGGCUUGUGCCAUGUACAUCCAUCACCCUUCCCAAGUGCUGUGUAGUCCUGUGCUGCCCCAGGGGCUUGGAGGGAAGCUCCUGAGUUUCCAGCCAUCCCCCCAGCAUCCUGUGCAAACCACCAGCACCAGUUAGCAGCCUGAGUGGCUGAUGUGCCACUCCCUGUCUGACUCUUCCUCUGACAUUGCCCACAAACAUCAGGAGAGCCAGACCCCCUCUCAAUCAUCUACAGACCUCGGAGUGAGCAGCAGAUGGCAGCAGGAAGAAAGUAGGCUAAUCUGUGUGAGUAUGUGUUGGUAUCGGAGAGACAGAGAGAAUUUUUGGCCUCUUGCAUGCACAGAUCCUGGAUUAAUUUGUAAUAGAGCUGGAGCUGGAGGGAAAUUAGAUGCCAAUCCUGAAUAAAGUGGUUUUGACAGACAGGAAA